AUGAGAUGGAGCCACUGGGUUGGCAUAGCUAAAGAGUUUGAACCCAUCAUCUCCUGCUAUGGAGCAAUAUGCGGCUUUGGAGACAUUAACUCGUUCAAGAGCGCUGAAACCAGAGCUCUGAUCGUCGAGACCAGCGGCUUGCUCCAAAAGUGCAAAAGCGUAGCUAGAACCCUCAAGAUUGGACGGCCUAGUAGAUGCCUUUCAUCGCUGAAUUUUGAUCUGACGCCCCCUUCGCGUCAAGUGGCAGACAAGAUGGCAGCCUUGUAUUUCCAAUCAUUUGAGUCAACACACCGGAUUUUGCACGAGCCCACCUUUUGGAGAGUUUACGAGAGGUUCUGGAGUAGCCCCGAGACUGCUUCAGGCAUACUACGCCUUCAGGUGCUUCUCGUGAUUGCCAUAGGGUCCAGUUUGGCUCCGCAUGUGGAAUCCGAUUCCGGACUUCGCCAAAUGGUGCAUCAAUGGAUAUACGCAGCUGAAACUUGGCUUUCUGGGCCACUGGAAAAGGACCGUCUCAACAUCUCCGGGCUGCAGAUACAUUGUUUGGUGAUGCUUGCCCGGCAAGUCUUUUCAAUCGGAGGGGAGUUCAUUUGGGUUUCGUCGGGGUCGCUCAUCCACCGGGCGAUACAGAUUGGUUUGCAUCGGGACCCCAAACAUCUCCCUCCUAUGUCCGUAUUGCAGGCGCAGCUGCGUAGAAGAUUAUGGGCCACAAUCCUGGAACUAGUGGUUCAAUCGUCUCUCGAUUCGGCAUUGCCUUCAAGGAUCUCUUUCGAUGAAUUUGAUACUGAGCCGCCGGCUAAUAGCAAUGACAACGAGAUAGGAGAAUCAGCCACUGAACUGAAGCCUCACCCCAAGGAAACUUUUACCGGGACAUCUAUGCAGAUCAUUCUCCUUGACUCGCUCCCAACACGCCUUCGAAUACUCAGUCUCCUGAACGGUCUAAACUCCGAGCUGUCUUAUCUAGAUGUGCUUGACUUGAGCGCGGAUAUUCUCCAAACUUGUCCAUCUCCUGAGCCAGAUGAAGGAUUCUUCAAUCUUAUGGCGAUUGGAGGAGGAUUGUUCAAAGAGGGCAUCCGAUAUGCCACAAGCAUAAUUAGUCUCGAGCUUCUCGCCCAAGUCGAAACUCAGUAUCUCGACGGAGCAUUACACCGCAACUCACAUUACAUAAAUCCGCUUAAGAAGGCUAUAGCAGAAAUGACUUCCCAAUCAAUAGAGCGGAUCCGGCAAGGAGAGACAAACGUCAAGAGCCACAUGUUCUUAUGCAUGAUUACGGCUCAAGCGGAAGCCACGGAAGAAGGCGUAUCUGGCGAAGGGCGCGUUGCGAAGGGUGCGAGGGAUAGUAUUUCGUUGUGUCUGGAACUGUUGCAGGAUCGUCUAGGUACCACUUCUCUGUCAAUACCUACGCCGGAUGUCGAAUCUAUCAUUGGAGAAAGAGAUGACUACACAUAUGGAUUGGAUUUUGACAUGGACUUCUUCUUGGCGGAAACAGGCUUUUCUUGA